AAACGCAGCAUGAGAGUGUAUUCGGCGCAACGAAAGACCAUUGUGUUGUUGUUGCAUGUGUUAAAGAAAAGAGCUCAUUUAUGUUUUAAUUGUUGUAAACCUUUCAGUUUAUCAUUAUUACUUUUCUCUUAUAGUCAACAAUAUAAAAGUCGAAAUUUCCAUUAGUAGUCUUAUAGUGUAGGUUAACAGCAAACACUUUUUGUUUACAGAAAAGACAAAGGAAAAUCAUUUUAGAAAAAUAACGUAUCGUAAAAUUUACACUUCUAGAUUUAAAAAAAAGUAUAUCCGUAGACAGGUUUUGUCCAUUGCUGCAACAACUCAAUAUUUGCCCAGGCUUGAACUUGACUGACGCCGUCGUCCAGUUUGUGUACUGACCGACCGUACUGAAAACCGUCAGCGAUAGACACGAACAUCUGUUUACUUUAUAGAGUAUUCCCAUACAUAUAGAAGAAAAAUGGAAAGGGAGUCAAAUUCGAUGCAAGCGCUUUGCAGGUCAGGGUGCGGAUUCUACGGCAACCCGUCGACAGACGGCCUGUGCUCACUGUGCUACAAGGAAGCACUCAAGAAGAAGCAACAGCCACCACAGGGAGCAGCCAGCUACCAGAGCAGUGGCCCAGCGUGUGCAAUGGACACGGCGGUUCCUACAAUUCCAGUUAUCGCUCCUCAGCCUCAGGACAUUAAAGACGUGAGAAUAAUCAAUCCCUUAGCCUCCAGAGGGAUGAGCGAAUGCCUCGCCCAAAGAACGGAUGACAGCCAGUGUGAGGCUGGAGAGGGAGCUGUAGGUGGUAGCUCGAUUGCAUCCUCUGACUCCCCUGAUCUCAACAAAGAAGUUGACUCGGAAGGAAAAGACGACAAGGAUAAGAGCAAGAAAAAGAACCGAUGUGCUGUUUGCCGUAAGAAGGUUGGCCUUACAGGAUUCGAGUGUCGAUGCGGAGGCCUUUACUGCGCUGUUCAUCGAUAUUCGGACAAACACAAGUGUACGUUCAACUAUCGUGAAUUAGGAGCACAAGAAAUCCGUCGCAACAACCCAGUCGUAGUUGGGGAAAAAAUACACAAGAUAUAAUAAAAAGAUGACAGACAAAAAGUAAAAGAUGUGAAGACAAAGUUAUAUAUAGAAUGUAAAGAAGGAGCAUCUUCCACCUCGUGUCUUGAAACUAAAAGAGAAAAAUUAAAAUAAAAAAAAUAAUAAAAAACAUAUAUACAUAAUGUUUAUUAAAAAUUGGAUAAAUUAGCCUAAUGUUAAUUAUUUGUUCUGUUACAAUGGGAGAAAAUGAGGAUAGAAUAUGGGAGAAGAAAAAAAAAUUAAUUUGACAAAUAUACGGAUAAUUCAAGAGUGUCGUGAGGACAGACUUCUACGCGAGUGUCAGCAUCUAUAAUGUGUGUGUGCCGUGUAAUUAUUAAAUAUAAAUAAGAUGAUUGCACUCGUGGUGCCCAUGUAAUCACUCUGUGAAGAUCUUAUUUUUUGAAAGAAAAUGUACUAUUAUAUCAUAUAAAUAUAUAUUUAGAUUUUAAAGUGAAAACCAUGCAUAUGAUGUCAUCGUUAGGUUGAUGUUUUCAUUCUUGUUUUCUUUUUUGAAUAGUUUAAUUUUUCGUUUGCAUAUAAUUUGUUCUUGCUCACACUAUAUAUAUAUAUAAUAUCAUUGUAUAGGUGUUUAGUUUAGCCAUUUUAAAACAUUACUCGCAUUCUGAUGUAAAUAUAAUUACUUAUUAAAAUAAAUAGAAGAAGGAAAAAGAAAACAAAAACAAAGAAUGCACUUAUUGAUACGGUGAAUUCUUUGAUUAAUUAUGUGUGGGUAGAAUAUGGUAUUAUGUGUGGACAUGAGAGUGUGCUAGUGCAAGACAGACGUUACACGCAUACAAACAUUAUAUAGAGACUUUCAUGUGGUUCCUUCAAAAUUAAAAGGAUUAAAACGAACACACAUUAGCCUAUGUAAAACAAAAGUGUUCCAGUCGUAUGCAGUGUGUUUCUACAGAUGUAUGAACGUUUUUAAAAGAAAGAAAAAAAAUCAUUAUUACCCACAAUAGUGAUGUAAUGGAAAAUGUGUUACCAGUUGUUGUAAAUGUGUUCCUUUUGUUUGUAAAGUCAGGGAAUAUAAUGUUCAUUUCAUU